AUGAGGCCACGGCAUGCAGGCAGCCUGCCUGAGCCCUGCUGCACUGAGAGUAGCCUAUGGAAACUCUUUGCACAUGGAUCAUACUUCCUGGGAAUAAAUGGAGGCAUUUGUGGUUUAGUAGCAAACAAUUUUUUCAGACGCAUCCUAAAUGUGACACAGGCUGGGAUUGCCUCGAGUUUGCCAAUGGCUGUUCUUCCAUUCCUCACAACAGCAGCAAUUUACCACACUGCGGUAACUGAACCUUUACUUUCAGGUGAUCUAAUGUGUGCAACCUGUGCCAUAGUCAGAGGAGGAUUAAUUGGGUCUGUUAUAGGUGGUCUAUAUCCCAUUUUCUUGGCCAUUCCUAUAAAUGCAGGACUUGCAGCCAGGUACAGCUCAGCUCCGUUGCCUGGGAAAGAGAAUAUGUUACGCUUUUGGAUUAAAGUCUCUCAACCAGUCUUUAAGAAGAUGAGUUUUGCUAUCCUUCUGCAGGCUGCAUUUGGAAUUUACCUCAGCUCAAGACAGUAUGGAAUAUUUAUGAAAAUGCUCCAGUUGCCUAAAGCAAGCAGCAAUCCUGAAGAACUCCAAGAUUAAAACUGAAAAAUACACAACUCCCUCUAAUGCUUGGGUGGGUUACAAUAAACCAUGAAACUAAAUAAGGCAAGAAAGUUAUUGCUUUGUGGGGUUUUUUAAAUAAGUAAUUCAAGACUUCUCAAUGUC